AUGGAAUCCUCAGAUGAUAAAAAAAAUAACAUUUGUCUCAUGGAAGGUCAUGAAAAAGAUAAGGUUAUCGUUUCUUUGUGUAGUUUAUCGUUAAUUUCUAUUGAUAGAGAUUUAUUACAUAAGUUUAGCUUGCUGACAACAAUCAAGACUACACUUGAAGAUGCUGAGGAGAAACAGUUCACUGAUAGAGCUAUCAAGGACUGGCUUCUUAAGCUCAAAGAUGUUGCUCAUGUCCUCGAUGACAUCUUGGACGAGUGCGCCACUCAAGCACUGGAGUAUGAAGGACUAAAGGAAAGACGUUCAAACAAGGUACAAAGCUCUUUCUUAUCUUGUUUUCAUCCCAAACAUAAUGUUUUCCGCUACCAAAUUGCUAAGAGAAUGAAGAGGAUUAGAGAGAGGUUAGAUGAAAUCGCUCAAGAAAGGAGCAAGUUUCAUUUGACGGAAAUUGUUAGAGAGAAGAGAAGUGGAGUCCUUGACUGGCGCCAAACUACUUCAAUCAUUACUCAACCUCAAGUCUACGGAAGAGAACAAGAUAAGGAUAGAAUUAUUGAGUUUUUGGUAGGUGAUGCUUCUAGUUUUGAGGAUUUGUCUGUUUAUCCAAUAGUUGGUCUUGGUGGACUUGGAAAAACAACACUUGCCCAACUUAUAUUCAAUCAUGACAAGGUAGUCAGUCAUUUUGAGCUGAGAAUCUGGGUAUGUGUUUCUGAAGAUUUUAGUUUGAAGAGAAUGACAAGAGCCAUCAUUGAAUCAGCAACUGGCCAUGCUUGUGCACAAAUGGAUCUAGAGCCUUUACAAAGAAAACUUCUAGAUUUGUUGAAAGGAAAAAAGUAUUUGCUUGUGUUGGAUGAUGUAUGGGAUGAUGAACAAGAGAAUUGGCGGAUGUUGAAAUCUGUAUUGGCAUGUGGGGGAAAAGGCGCAUCAAUUUUGGUCACCACUCGUCUUCUAAAGGUUGCAGCAAUCAUGGGAACAAUAUCCCCCCAUGAUUUAUCAAUCCUAUCCGACACUGAUUGUUGGGAGUUGUUAAAACAAAGAGCCUUUGGACCAAAUGAGGAAGAGAGGGAAGAACUUGUGGUCAUAGGAAAAGAGAUAGUAAAGAAGUGUGAGGGAGUGCCUCUUGUGGCAAUGGCAUUAGGAAGUCUCUUGCGUUUCAAAAGAGAGAAAAUAGAGUGGCUCAAUGUCAAGGAAAACAAGCUAUGGAGUUCACAAGGUGAAGGUAAUGUCAUGUCUGCCUUAAGAUUAAGCUACUUGAAUUUGCCAGUAAAAUUGAGACCGUGUUUUGCGUUGUGUGCACUGUUUCCCAAAGAUGAAAUAAUAAACAAGAAGUUUUUGAUUGAUCUUUGGAUGACUAAUGGUUUUAUUUCAUCUAAUGGAAUGCUGGAAGCAGAAGAUAUUGGCAAUGAGGUGUGGAAUAAGUUAUAUUGGAGAUCAUUUUUUCAAGAUAUUGAGAAAGAUAAUAUUAGUGAUUUUGAACAAUUUAAAAUGCACGACCUUGUUCAUGAUCUUGCUCAAUCUAUUGCUGAAGAGGUUAGUUAUUACAGUACAAAACCAAGCCUAUCUAAAAGAAUCCUCCACCUGUCAACUUAUGAUGAGAAAUCCUUUAUGGUAGUCAGUUCAACACAGUUGCAUGGAAUCAAAUCAUUAAGGACCUUUUUAACGCGUGAAUACAAUGGUUCUCCACCUCAAAUUUUAAAGUUAGAUUAUUGUAAAAGUCUCCAAAGGUUGCCUGAUAGGUUGGUACAGUUGAAAGCUCUACAAUAUCUAUCUUUGACGCGUUGUACCUCGCUAUCAAGUUUGCCUCCACAUAUAAGAAAAAUGGCUUCUCUAAAAACUUUAACCACGCAUGUUGUUGGCAAGGAGAAAGGGUUUCUUUUGGCGGAACUAGGACAGAUGAAUCUUAAAGGAAGCCUUGACAUUAAACACUUGGAGAGAGUUGAAAGUGUGAUGGAUGCCAAUGAAGCUAAUAUGUUGAGAAAGCAAGUGAACAAUUUGGAAUUGGAAUGGGAGAUAAACGAAGAGUCCCAAUUACAAGAAAACGUUGUAAAGAUUCUUGAAGUGCUUGAACCUCAAACCCAACAACUUCAAAGUCUGAGAGUGAGAGGAUAUACAGGUGCCUAUUUCCCACAAUGGAUGUCUAGUUCCUCUCUAAAUAUUUUAACUUAUCUAGAACUUGUGAAUUGCCAAAGUUGUUUACACCUUCCAACUGGGAUGCUAAGAGACCUCCCUUCUCUAAAGACUCUUUACAUUGAUGGUCUUUCCAAACUUGAGCAACUUCCAACUGAUAUCAAUAACACUAAUGUUAUCCAAGAGAUAUAUAUUAGUGGUUGGGAGAACCUCAAGUCAUUGGAAGAUGAAGUAUUACAUGGAUUGCACUCUCUUAAGAGAUUGAAUAUUAUGAGCUGCCAAAAGUUCAACCUAUCAGAAAGUUUUCAAUACCUCACUUGUCUUGAGAAUUUGACAGUCCAAGGUUGCCCAGAAAUAGAAGGUUUGCAUGAGGCAUUACAACAUAUGUGUGCUCUUCAAUAUUUGUCAUUGGCUAAUCUUCCGAACCUGGCAUCCUUACCUGACUGGUUAGGAAACCUAGUCUUGCUUCAGACAUUGGAGAUUUUUCUUUGUCCAAAGCUGAUAUAUCUUCCCACGAGCAUUCAACGCCUUACUCGUCUGAAAAGAUUGGAAAUUUACGACUGCAGUGAGCUAGGGAAACGAUGUAGAGAGAACACUGGUGAGGAUUGGCAUAAAAUAGCUCACAUUCAAGUAAACAACCGCUAA